AUGGAUGGAUGGAUCGGAGGAAGCGCGGGAAAGCGCGCGCUGAGCGCGAGCGCGGGAAGUGCGCGGAAGGUGCGGAAGGUCGCGGGAAAGUCGCGCCCACCUGUGGAUAGGGAUGAGGUCGAUGUAGAAAUCAGGGAAUACGAGCCUGUAGAGAUAUCACUCUCUACAGCGUCACGAACACUCUAUGGAAAUUGGCAAGGUGUGAUCCCCACCUUAAUCAAACCUCUCCUUAAUUAUCUCGCGAGAACGGUCGGUCAGCCACUUGAGAAGUCGCCUUCUAUCAUAUCUGCGUGUGCAGUUAAUUCAUGUGCUCAAAAGCGCUCAUCCAUCGUUUCUCUCUUUUUUGAUCUCCUUAUACUCCACGGAUUAUUCCCAACCGCGCCCUUGCUUCCAAGGAUAGCGGUUUCCAUCGAACUUCUUUCCUUUUAUCGAGCGCUAUUUGAGCGUUCGUGUGAUGCAGUCAACGCACUUGCAGCCACAUUGAAAACUCAUUACGCUCGGCGGGGUUUCCAGUCAACUGACGAACAUAAUAACCCUAACUCUAAACUACACAGGGAAACAUCAUCCAGGAACCAUUCAGGAAGAAGUCUUGGACAUGCAGUUCAGUGGUACGACAUUCUGCACGUCAAGGUGGAGCGGACAAUUGAAGAAGCAAUCCAACAAGCUCGUGACCGAAUCCGAGCCUCCUGUGAGCCCUCACCACCCGUCCGCGUGGUACAUCCUUCUCAAGAGGUCCGCGAGGUACAUCCCUCUCAAGAGGUCCGCGAGGUACAUCCUGUCCUCAUGCCCAACACCCUUGAUACCUCCCAAGAGGCUCGAUCCGAGUCCCACUUACACAGAGAACACUGUGCAUCAAUCCUGGUUGAGCGAGUGUUGUUUGGCAGACCCCUCGAUCAAGGAGGUGACAUUCAUGUCGCCACAGACGGCAACUUUCAUCAUCGUCACUGCCGCUCAGCGGGCGACUGCCCUCACUUCUAUAAUCCAUCAUACUUCCUACCAAAGACGUACGUCGAUCAAGUUGGCUCUCGGAUACAUAAGAAUCGGAAGCGCCCUGCUACGACACAUACUCCUAUUGUACCUAACGAGGCCAUUGACCAGUGCGAGCAGUCCUACGAAGCCGCUGAUGGGAAAAAGCAGAAGACUGCCAUGGAAAGCUUUGACGACACUGGUUUGAUGGCACUCAUUUGCCGUCACGACAUUCCCCUAUUCUUUACAAACAUCGAUACACCCGGCGAACAGCAGAAGUACUCUGUUGCCUUACUAGAACAUCUGUUCUCACUUCUCCCCACACAGGCAACAGUUAUUGCUCUAUACGAUGUUGGCUGCGUACUAGCUCGCUCACUUUCACAGUAUCAUAUUCUAGAUGUUUCUAUUACUUCACGCCUCCGCUUUGCAACAACUGCCAUGCACGUGUAUGGCCACGAGUGGGGAUGUCAACUUGUCUAUAAUCCCCGGAUGUGCGUUGGAAUGGGUCUAUCAGACGGAGAAGGUACCGAGCGACUUUGGUCGCGACUCAUUCGUCUAAUCGGUAUUGAGCGGUCAUCAUCGCGCCAACGGCGUCUGUGGCUUAUAGACCGUCAGGCAGCCUCCAUCGGAGCUGAGAUGUGCACAGACCUCGGUGACUGGAUCAAGCGACGAUUUCGUGGCAUCAAGACUCAAGUCAAUACCACCGAGGACAUUCUUAAUCACUGUGGUGUCUCGAUUGAAGAUUUACGGUCACUGUGGGCUGAUCAGCGGCGUGCACAACUCUCUGUGCGUGCUCACGCUCCUGCGCGUCUCAAAAAGGAACUGGAUACAGUGCUUGCGCUACAAUCUGAUAUGGAUACUUCAGAUCGGGCGUUGCAGGCUACCCGCACCAUGCUUGAAAAGGAGGCACCUUCAGAUGAUACCCUGAGUGCUCUCGAAGGUCUCGAGAGGGGGCAUCAACGUCUCAUGGACAAGGUCGAAGCGCUAUACGCUUCACUGAAUAUCCACGACAGGUUUCCAGAGCUUCAGGGCGUCAACCUAGAUUUUGUCCGCACCCUCCUGAUGGCCCGCGACCUCAAGAUCAACAUACACAAACGGGCAAUCGGUAGUUUCUUCGAGUGGGAUAAACUCGAUAGGGCAGUUGGUGGUGCUCAGCAAGCGUUAGGCACCAAGCUUCACCAGCAAACUCGUAAAGCAAUAGCCAAGAGACAACCAGCCCUGAUGACAGCAAUUCGUAAGUUCAACUCUUAUUGUGAGCACCUAGACACUCUCUACGACCCUUCAUGGGGGAUACCACUCCCGAUGGCACUUCCAACUAAACUAGCGGAUCUACGCAACGACCAAGCUCUAAUGGAGGACGUUUGGAUCGCACCGUCUGCAGGAGACAUACCACGCUGGUUAGACGAUUCAGAUGUGAGAGAUGGAAUCCGCGCCCUCCUCAAGCAUGAUCGAUGUCAAGAGGAGCGGCAACGGCUCAGUAUUGAAGCUGACAACUUGUGCCGAUAUUUUGGAGACGAGCUCGCUGCUUUAGAGCUUGCUCUUUCCUCUGAUGCGAACGAACUUUUCAUAUUCUCACUGCGGACCCGUCGAGACCACCUUCUUCAACUUCGAUCACGCUGGGAAAAUCCAUUUGCCUCUGUGGCUCGCUUUUCUGAUCGUGUCAAAGUAGCUACAGAUCUCGCAAAGACACUCACACGAGGUGCAACCAAAGCCUCCCUUAGUUGGAUACAUAACCCUCCAAUACUGGCAAUUGAUCACCAAGAAGAUGAUAUCCCAGACUUUGAAGCAGGGCCAGCAUCAAGUAUCGACGCCCAUCAAAUCGCAUUCUCUGACUUCCUCGAGGAAGAUGCUAUUGCUGACGAGGACAUAGAAGACAUUGACGAAGCGGAAAAAGCUGAUGUCACCAUCUGUUGGGCGGUUCCGGAGGUACUUCAAAUUGAUGAAACACCUGUGCCCCGCAAGGAUCUGCGCAUCACUGUGCAAGGGCCAGGUGCAGCAACUAGGAUAUGGCCCUCUCGCCAUGGCUUCCCACGACAAAUAUUUGAUCCAAGGGAUAUCUCCUUCCUUGGUUCCUCGACUGCCCGUCUCAACGAUGUAUGCCUCAAUGGCUGCGCAAUCUUGCUGCAUGAUUCCCAGAUGUCCAUCCCUGUAGCGCAGCGCAUUGCCAUUCUCUCUACUCAUGACCUCCCACGCAUCAGAUACAACGCAGCUGAUGAGAUGCUCUGGCGUCAAAGUUCGUGGACACGUUAUUGGGAGAAGGACAUUUGGAUUCUGCCUAUUCAUCGGCCAGUGCCUGUUGGUCAUUGGGUACUCUGUGUUAUUUGCCGAUCCUCCAAGGAGCUUCAUCUUUUCGAUAGUUUUGCUGAAAAGCGGCCAUGGCAACAUGACAUCAAGCUCGAACCUCUGCAGACGAAUGGCUAUGACUGCGGAGUUUGGGUACUAGCUGCAAUUAUGGCAGUCUUACGAGGUUUUCAUUCUACAGGCCUGCACGAGGAUGAUAUGGAGGGCUUCCGGCAAUUGCUAUAUCACCUCGUUCUCGAUCUCAGCGUAGUGUAG